UACAGGAGCAAAUCUUCACACAAAUUAUGGGCCCAGAGCGACCUGGUCGUGUUCGGACGUUUGGAUUGGGACCGUCACCCACUGAUGUUUUUGGAGGUGGAUAUAGGCGGUCACAAGAGCAGAAUCGUCUCUUCCAAACUCAAGUUCAGGAACAAGUUCAAGAGCAACUUCAACGGUAUCAAAUGCAGUUUGAGUCGAAGAUGAAUGAAGUAAUGGAGAAACAAAUUCAGGCUAUACGCACAGAUUUUCAGUCACGAAUUCAGUUUUUGGAAUCUCAAUUGCAAGCUGCAGGCGUGCCCGUUGAUCCAGUUGUUGCACCAUCAAACCCAUUACAUAGGCAGCAGGUUGUGGAUUCACUUAGUAGUCAUCCCACUGUUCGGCCAAUGUCACAUCAACAACAAUCUCAUGCAUUUUCAUCCCAAGAGGUUCACCUUUCAAAGAAAGAGAAGAAGAAUAAGAAGAAGAAGAAGAACUAACAAGGUAAAAGUACUAAUAUCACUAGUUCGUGGUUUAUGUUCAUUUGAUUUGUAAGGCAUUGUUGGUUCUGAA